AUACUAUAUGAAUGACUACUGCUGAUUGUGAAUGCUGAAGCCAAUGCGUAUACGCAUGGCAUGCAUAAAACUCAACUUUCAACAAGUCAAUUUUUUUUGCAUUUUAUUUCUCACAAUAUCCAAUUGAACAUUUUCUGUUGGAUUUGUGCGUGUGUCCUUAUGUUUUUUUUUUUGUUUUGUUCGUCUGUGAUCUCAUAAUUGUUCGAAAUGGAAUCUGAUUCUAGAAAAUCACCGGAAAUCGAACAAUGUGUUGAUGAUGAUGAUUUAUCUAAAAAUUUAAAUUUCGAUUUCUCAUUGGACACUGUUUCAAUCUGUGAAACUUUAUUCAAUUGUUGUCAAAGCUCUGAAUUUGCUAAUCUUGCAAAUUUUAUUAAAGGUUGUCAUGAAAAUUCGAUUGAACUUAAUCAUUUUCUGGCAUUGAUUGAUUCAUAUUUAUUUGUACAAAAGUAUUCAACAAGUUCGUCUUUUAAUUUCGAGUCCUUCCUAAAGUUUUGUGAAACUUAUUAUCCGAAUAAAAAUGGCAUUGAAAAUAUUGGCCGUAUUUUUUUCACCAUACUAUGGAAUCAUAAUUUUGAUUUUCAGUUUGAUUUCAUAGAAUAUUGCAUCGAAAACAAUAAGAUUACAUCGAUAUUUGAAACGUGUUCAAAUAUCAAUUUGAACAAAGAAGUCCCGGAAUGGAUAAAAUGUCUAAAUGAACAAAUAGAUCUCGCUUUAAUUUGUUGGAAAUACAAUGCUUUAUAUUGGAUUCUUCUCGAAUUGUCCAGAAAGGAAAAAUUGUUGCCUAAAAUCGAAAAUUUGUUUGUGAAAAUACCAUUGGAAAAAUGUCCCGAUUUAUUAAUAUUUGCCUUGAUAGAGCAAAGUGGUGUCAACAAUCCUGAACAUAAUAAACUUAGCCGGUCAUUAAUGAUGAAUGCAAUCAAAAAAAUUAUAUAUCCUGGUUCUAAUACUACUUACCAUAAUAAUUCUAAUCUGAUCAUACCGAAACUAUGGUCUGCAGGCAAUGCUGGUCCUUCGAUGAAUUCAAGUACAUUGACAGUUAAUCAAAAAAUUCUGCUUGAAUCGUUGGUCGAUCUUUAUAAUCAAGCCACAUCGCCCGAUGAACAAACUAAUAAGCUUUUAAGAAUUUUAGAAAUCAGUCAAGAUCUAAAGGCGUUAAAUUAUUUGCUUAACGAUUCAUCAUAUUUGUUUAUCAUUGAUUUAGCAUCUGUGGCUUCUCGACGUGAAUAUCUCAAACUAGAUAAAUGGAUUAAUGACAAGUUGAAAACGAUUGGACAACCAUUUUCCGAUGCUUGUAAAUUAUAUGUUCAACAACGGUCCUUCAAACCAGAAACAAACAAAAAAUUGACCACACCUUCUCAUCGUGAAACCUUGAGUACUAUCACAUCGUGUCUUGAGAAUUACUAUUCAAUGAUCAAAGAAGCAACCUACUAUACAAAUAUGAAAGAUAUGUUCAAAAUAUAUGCUGAGCUUGAUUCAGCCAACAAUAAUAAUAAGAAAGAACCGAAUGAAGAAAUUCGAUAUUGUUCAAAAUCUUCAUCUUCAAAUUAUUAUCAUUCACUUAAUGAUAAUCUUUUUGAUAAAGAAGUUCAACAAAAAGCCACUGGUUUUUUGAAAAACAUUCUCACGCAAUCUAAUCUUGAACCAGUGAAAUAUGAAAAAAUUUUCAAUCUCUUUGAAAGCAUGAAACAAUCAAAAGAUCAACAAAAAGUAUUCAAUUGUAUCGUUCAAACAUUGUUAAAAGAACUUGAUUUUCUAUCGAAAUAUCAGAAAAAUGAAUUGUUGAACAUAGGAGAACUUAUCGGUGGCAUAAUCGAUCGAUCACUUGUUGAUACUAAUUUAUUGUCAUUCAUAUUGCAAAAACUUUACUAUAUCAUAAAUGCAUCAAAGAAGGAUCAAAAAUUGUUAUACUUUGUUGUUCGUGUAAUAGACAGAUGUGAAACUAGACUCCAAAAAUAUCCAGCCCUCUGUGAAAAGCUACUAUCUUCUGAUCUGCUCAAAUUUCAAAAUGUUGGUCACUUGUCUUCUUGUCGUAAUGAAAAUCAAAGCCAACAAAUUACAAAUCAGUCAUCAUUGAAACGAGAACAUUCAUCUCAAUUGUCAAAUAAUCAGGAAUUCCUUUUUAAAGAACGUUUAAAUUUCAUUUUCAACAAUUUGGACAGUAACAAUUUGCAAAUGGCUGCCACACAAUUGAUACAAGAUUGCAAAGAAAAUAUUGGAAACUAUGAUCUUUUAUCCGAUUGUUUGACCUGUCGUGCUAUCAAUGAAACAAAUCACCAUGAACUUUUUUACGAUCUCCUUGAAACCAUUAAUUUGAUCGAUAUUUUUGAUUCUGUAGCAGUAAAUUCAUAUAAAAAAAUACGAAUGUAUCUGCUUAGAAUUGAAUCUUCUGAUCUCAAUAGAAAAUUAUAUUCCGCUGGUAAAUGGAUUGGAAUGAUCACAUUGCAACGUAAUAAGCCAAUUCUUUCGCUUUAUCUUGAUUUACAUUGUCUAUUGAUUGAAGCUGAAGCAAAAAACUUGAGUUUCCAUGUUGUGCCGUUCAUCGUUCAGGUGUUGAAUUCUUGUGGCAAAUCAAAAGUUUUUCAACCACCUAAUCCAUGGCUGAUGACAUUGCUUCAAUUAUUGACCGAAAUCUACAUUAAACCUGAUUGCAAAUUGAAGAUAAAGUUUGAAAUUGAAAAGUUGUAUAAAGUUUUGCAAUUAGAACUCAAUGAUUAUAAAGUUAUCUGUCAGCAAAUUAAUCCAAAUGGUGAAAAAAAGAAAAGCGUGUCAAAAUAUUGUGAAUAUCUUAAACCCUUUGUAAUGAUUGAUUCAGAAACAAAUAAUUUACAAGAGCCGAAAAAUUCUAAUCUGUUUGUAUCAGCUCCUUCACAUACUGUCUUUGUAAAAGAAACUGUUCACCAAGUUUCGCAUAAGAAUGAAAUCGAACUUUUCAAAGACCUAUUGAAUCAAAUACGAAUAUCAUCUCAGCUCAGAUUGAUACAAUGCCAUCCAGAAUUAACUACAUUAUUCAAAAAAUUGAUCGUCAAAGCUAUUCAAGAAUGGUUAUCCAAUUGGGCUGAAACACCCGGUAUGCUUGUUACUACUAUCGAAAUUCUUGUCCGUAAAGAUUUUGCUUCUGAACCCGAUCCGGAAAAGCUACGAAAUGCUGCCAUCGAUUUCACACGUUUCGCAUUGACUGGUUAUGUAUUGAUGACAUGUAAUGAAUCGUUAUCAGGUUCAAUAGCCGAUAAGCUUUGUGAAUUUCUUUGCAAAGAAUUUAAACUGAAUCAAUCAAUGUGUGAUAAAAAAUUCAUUGAAGAUACGAUUACUCAGAUUGUCAAUGAAAAUAUCAGUCCAUGCAUAAUGUUUAUCGAAAAAUGUUUAAUUAAAAAAGCCGUGGAAGAAAUCUGCUUUCGAAUUCAGCCAGACAUUGAAAAACGUUUAAAAGCAAAGGCUAUUGGCAAGAAAUAUAUCAACAAAAAUUACUUUAAUAAUAUUCCCAUUAAAUCAACUUUUUAUAGCACAUUCGAUUCAUCAAAAUUGAAAAUGAAACGGAUGUCAACAAGUACUUCACCGGAGCAUAAUUCGGAUAGUAAUUUAAUCGAAAAAAAUGUACAAACUUAUUCUUUUGAUUUACUACCAAGCAAUGCCACGGAAGAAAUGAAAGUGGAAGCAAUUUUAGGAACAUGGUUCCAUUUUAUUUAUGAAGGCCAGAAUAACCACGAGGACAUUCAAAAUUUCAUUUUCCAAACUGGUUUUUUCAAGGGUGAAGAAUCAUUGUACAAGUUUUUGAAAUUGUGCUUUAAUUUAUGCUAUGAACGAUGUCAACAAGCAUUGGAAGCAGCCCGAUCAUCCGAUAAGAAUCUUUCCAAGAUUCAUUUGAAAUGCUUCACUGUUUUAGAUGCAUUCAUAUAUCUUGCUUUGUUCCUGAUCAAAUACGAAACUAUUGAAUUCAAAAUCAAUGUUCUUGAUCGUUUUCUUACCGAUUUGAGCGAGAAAGUUCAUUUGGAACAUAAGACAAAUAUCCAAAAAUUCUACCCCCUUUGCUAUUAUCGUGUAAUGGUUUUGUUUUUUCUAGAAUUUAACAACGAACUUGUGACAUCCAAUUCUAGUCGUAUUAAUAAUUUGGCGAAAAUUCCCAAUAUUCAUUGUAUGAAUACAAAACUAUCUUUGAUGCAAAUUUUCUUCGAUUUUCUUAAAUCAAUGUCACCAUUAAAAUUAACUUCGUUUACGUUCGCCUGGUUGGAAUUCAUCUCACAUCGAUCAUUUAUUGGCCAUUGUUUAAAUGGUCUGAAUGCAAAAGGAUUAUGGAACAAUUAUUACUUUUUAAUUCGAGAUUUGUUGGAAUUUGAGAAAACAUUUUUUCAAACGAAUCAAAUUGAAUCAGAAUCAUUUAAAUAUUUACACAAGGGGACGGUAAAAUUGUUUCUGCUAUUGUUACAUGAUUUCCCAGAUUUUUUAAGUCAAUUUAGCUUUUUGAUUUGUGAUAAUCUUCCGUAUAAUUCAUUUCAAUUGCAUAACAUUGUUCUAAGUGCCUCUCCUCAAGCCUAUCAUUUACCAAGUCCACUUUCUUCAUCGUUGAGUUUGGAAAAUUUUAACAAAAUUAUCAACAGCUUUGAUGGCAAUUUCACUACCGAAUCACCUUUUAAAAUUCACAUUGAUGUAUUUUUUAAAACUGGUCAAUUGUUUCAUUUGAAAAAAUUGCAACCAUAUUUUGAUUCAGCCAAAUGUAAACAAACAGAAAUCGAAUACAUUAACAAGAUUCUGUAUUCGAUUACUGAACACGUUCUAAAGGAGAAUCGCGACGUCAACAUGGCUAACAUUGGUAAAGAGCCGUCCUUGAACAUGAUCAAAUGUCUAUUAGAAUUUUUCGGCCCUGAACGUCUCUAUUACCUUUUCUUCGCUAUGGUUAAUCAUCUUCGAUUUCCUAAUAUCGAUACAAAAUACUUCAUCUCUCUCUUGUUAUAUUUCUUCAAGGAAUUUGACCAAUUAAAAGAAUUUAUUUUUCGCGUUCUUCUCGAACGACUAGUCGCAAUUGGACCUCGACCUUGGGGAUUAUACUAUUUUGUCAAAGAAUUGACCAACAAUCCUGAUUAUAAUUUCAAAGAAUUUUUAAUCAAUUAUAAUCAACACGGAUUAUCAGAAGUUUGUGGUAAAAUGGGCCUUUUUCCCAAAUAAACCAAGUGGCAAUAAUAAUAAAUCCCCGUUAUUAUAUGUGGUGAUAAAAUUAUGUUGAUAAUUUAUAAUUUCUGAUAAUUGUUUUCAUAUAAAAAUUUAGUUUAAUAAAUCAUUCCAAUGAGAAAAAUAUUUAAAA